CUUCUCCAAAUGGUCGCCUCAACAGAGUAAAAAGACAGAAACAACAUAAACCCACAAAAAUUUUCCGAGAAACAAAGAAAAAUGGGUAUCAUUUUGACAGAGAGAUCGAAACUCUUACUAAAAAUUCUCUGUAUUUUCUUCUUCAUCGCACAAUCUCUUGGAUCAGAUGAAGAAAUCAACCCUCUUUUCACCAAACGAUCAGCCUAUGAAGUUCUCGGCGACUACAACUUCCCCAUGGGUAUCCUCCCGAAAGGGGUUCUCGAUUACGAUCUCGAAUCUUCGUCGGGAAAGUUCUCUGCUUUCUUUAGCGGGAGUUGCAGUUUCUCUCUUGAGGGGUCGUACCAGUUGAAGUACAAGUCCGCCAUUAAAGGGUAUAUCUCUGAGGGAAAGAUUUCGAAGUUGGAGGGUGUUAGUGUGAAGCUGUUCUUCGUGUGGGUCGACAUCGUGGAGGUCUUAAGGAGAGGGGACAGUCUUGAAUUUUCAGUGGGGAUUGCGGGUGCGGAUUUUCCCAUUGACAACUUUGAAGAGUGUCCUCAAUGUGGGUGUGGGUUGAACUGCAACAAUGAGCAAGUAAGGGGGAUUAGAACAAACCCAUUUAUUUCCUCUUUUUAGAAGAUGUUUGGCUAAGAUUACUGUUGUAUUUGAAUCAUGAAUUCUGGAUUCUUGCUAAUUGUGGAUUAAACAAAAUUGUCUCUGAAUAUUUUUCUUCGAAUUCUUAGUAGAUAAACUAAAAUUUGAUUG